AUGCGGCUGUUUCAUUUUGAUAAGGUAAUUACUAAUGAGGAGUUUGGUGGGAAAAUCUGGGUAUUUUGGAAAACUGAAAUGGACAUGCAGCUGGUCCGAAUGGGAACACAGUAUUUGUCUUUACAUAUAGACGACGGGUCUUCACAUUUUUUGAGAACUUUUAUCUAUGCUAAGUGUAAUAGAUAUGAAAGGCAGCUGCUUUGGGAGGAGCUGAGUUCGGCUGGAAUGGGUGUGGAGCCUUGUUUGUUUGCUGGAGAUUUUAAUAUAAUUCAUUCGGAUGUGGAAAGGUGUGGUGGUAGUCCAAGGACAAGAGCUGCAAUGGAUGACUUUAAUAGAUGGAUUCACCAGGGCAGGUUGAUUGAAAUGAAUUCUCAGGGGAGAAAGUUUUCAUGGUGCAAUGGUCAGCAUGGAUUAUCUAGAGCUUGGGCUAAGUUGGAUAGAGUGCUUCUUGAUGCAAAGUUACUGAUAGCAUUUCCGUAUGCACGUUGUCCGUAUUUAUCAAGGUCAACGUCGGAUCAUAGUCCCAUGUUUAUAGAAUUCCUGAAAGAUACUUUUACUUAUGGUCCCUCUCCAUUUAGGUUUCAGCAAAUGUGGAUUGAGCACCCUGAUUUUAUAAGCUUUGUACAGAUGGUGUGGUCUGAACCAGCGAUUGCUAUUUUUGAAGAGAAGGUUGAGGGUCUUGAGCACUUGCUGCAAAGUAAUUGGGAGAAUGAGGUUGAGAGGGAGCUUGUCAGGUACUCUACUGAGUUGUCUACUUGGAGGCGAAGGGAAGAUAUAAGAUUGGCUCAGAUGGCUAAAAUUAAGUGGAGAAUGGAAGGUGAUCGGAACUCAAAAUUCUUUCAUGUUUGGUUAUCCAAUAAAAGGCAUAGGAAAAUUCAUAAGUUGAGAACUACGGAUGGGUUAGAGUUCAAUUCACCAGAAGAAAUUCAUCUUGGUGCCGAAGAAAAUUUUUCGGAGUUCCUACAAUGA